AUGGAUAUUCACCGGUGUCGAUUUGUGGACUAUACACCGCACACGGUGACUUCGCUUGCGUUCUCGCACAAAUCUGUGAGUGAUAGUUGUCCGCACGAGCUCCGUUUGGCAGUGGGGCGAGCCGAUGGGUCGAUAGAGGUGUGGAACCCACGCGGGAAACACACCAACUGGCUCAAGGAGCACGUCAUUCCCGGGUGUCGGGGCAGAUCCGUCGAGGCGCUCGUGUGGUGCAGUGACGAGGGACAAUCCAGGUUAUUUUCCAUUGGCGGUUCAACAUAUCUGACCGAGUGGAACGUUGCGAAAAGCGUUCCUUUACAUAACCACGACUGCAAUGCGGGUGUAAUAUGGUCUUUGGCCGCCAACCAGUCGCAGAAUAAAAUUGCUGUGGGCUGUGAGGACGGUUCUGUGGUGAUAAUAGACAUUACAGGAGGUCCUGGUGUGAUGGAACACGAACGAAUCUUGCAACGGCAGCAAUCACGAGUUUUGAGUCUAUGCUGGUAUAAAGACGAUAUGGUCAUCGGUGGAUGCGCAGACGGGCGAAUCAGAUGCUGGGAUAGCAAGGGACAAUUAUUGCAGACACUGAGAGUUGACAAGUCGAAGACAGAGAGCACGCUUGUAUGGAGCGUCUACAUGGUUGCAAAUGGGAGCCAGCUGGUUUCCGGAGACUCUACCGGAAGCGUCAAGUUCUGGGACAUGAAACACUUUGUUUUGCAGCAGAGUUUCAACGUCCAUGAGGCAGACGUUCUAACACUUACAGGAAACAUGAGUGGCACCACAGUGUUCAGUGCGGGAGUGGACCGCAAGAUAUUUCAGUUUCAGCUAGUUGACAACGGGAAAAAAUCGCAUAAAUGGAUGAACAGCACAAACAGGCUACUUCAUGGUAACGACGUGCGUUCCAUGGCGUCGUAUGAGUCGCGCAACUUGGAUCUUUUGGUGAGCGGUGGCGUGGAAAGAGUGGUUGCCGUGAAUUCUUUACGGAAUUUCCAAAAUAGCAUGGUGUUCAAGCUUCCACUGAACGCUAACAAUGUGAUACUAAACGACGAACACAGACUGUUAAUUAUGUGGCAGGACCAGACCGUGAAAAUAUGGCGUUUUCUGGGCAACCAGGAGAAGGCACUGGCCGCCAAGCUCACCCUUUCGGACCCGGAGAGCAUCAGUGAUGUUGCUGUCUCCAAGAACGGACGGUAUUUGAUAGUUGCGCGUUUGAGCAUUGUCCGCAUAUACGAGCUGAUCGAGACAGAUACGGCCAAGCUGCAGGUGGUGAAAGUGCCGGCCGCCAAAUUGGAAGACAUCGGAGCCAAGAAGGUGCACGUUCUGGACGCUUUGGGACUCAUCCUGCUGGUGACAAACAGCAAUGAAUAUCUGAGUGUGCGGUUCAAUGUGGACGACGACGACGACGUGUCUGAGUUCGACGAAGCCCAGGACGUGGUGGAGUACGAUAUGGACAACGAGUGCGAGCUUUUGGACGCCAGCCAGGACUCCCAGCUUGUCGCUAGUGCUGGCUACAAUGGCAAGAUCUCUCUGCUGGAUCUCGGGUCUGGUGAAGCGCGCGUGCUGGUGAGACUGAAUGAGGUGCCGACGGCCUUACGGUUCACUUCGAACAACACGCUUCUGGUGGCCACCAUGGAGCAUAAGCUUUUCGAAUUCAACUUGGACGGAGAGCUUCACACCGAGUGGUCCAAAAAAAACAGCGAGAAUAUGCCACAACAGUUUCUGUCGCUGCCUGGCCAGCCGUAUGGGGUUUUCGAGACUCCGGACCGGUUCUGGGUUUACGGCACCAGCUGGAUUGCCUUUUUCGACGCCAAAACAGAGCUGCCUCAGAAACAGGCCAAGGGCAAGAAACGGCCAAGAAGCAAGCCGAACGGUGUGAACGGCUCUGUCAGUGAUAGCAUAGAAAGAGAGGUGUCUGAAAAAACGUUCUGGUUCACCAACAAGUACAAGAACCUGCUUUUGGCAGACAGACUUUCGGAUGAUGAGCUGGUGGUGGUCGAGAGGCCUGUGGAGGAGAUGCCGUCGCCGCCAGCAUUCAAGCUGGAAUUGAGACGCCUGAAAAAAGAGCUGGUUGAUGCGAUGCGGUGGGGUGACGAGAAAUUGGAGGUUUCUGUUUUCAACGGGGAUAUACAAGAGCUUAAGCUUGACACAAACAAGGAAACUGUCUUUUUCUCGCCGGGCAACUCCUUUGGCGGAAUGGCCGGUGGCUACGACAGAGCGUUGGCGUGCCUGUUCUCUGAUACCGGAGACUGGAGAACGAUUGACCGGUACGUGAAAAACUGGAUUGUCGAAAACAGUCAAGGAUACUCGGCUCCAGGAACUGCGCAACUGAUCCGAAUCAACACGCCGGAUUCGACAGCCUGGCGCAAGUACAGGGCCAGUGCGAUACUGCACGUCCCGACAAUGAGAACUCCGGAAUCGCUUGUAUUUUCGGACGAACAGACAAUCCAGUCCGUUUUUGACUGGACCUGGCAGAGUCUAGUGCGAGUCAGGCAAGAGCCGUCUGUGGAUGUGUUUGUGCUCACGGGGAUGGGGACGGGCACCGGUGGUCUUGCAGAAGGGCUGGUGUGCCGAGUGAUGAAGUACUGUCCUACCUAGACAACACACAGCGAAAAAGCAGUGUCGAAAAAAAACUAUACGAUUAAGCUUAAGUCCUAUACAGUUUGAGCGAAAGGCUCGCUGUGAGGGCCAUGGUGGCAAAAACAAACACCAUCAUCAGCGAGUCUCCCACAGCCUCGCGGUAUAUUUUUAGCACUUUGGUGGUAUAUUUGGGGUCGAGGCCGUUGCGCACAUAAAAGAAGUUCUCCAUGAGAGUUUUGUAUAUUUUGUCGCCGUCCGGUCUUUUCUUCUCGAUGAAGUAGUGCCAUAGUUCUUUGCUGAGGACCGUGCUGUAUAUGUUGAGAGUGAUUCCUGUUCCAGAAACGGAGCCGAUCGACCGGAAUAGAUAGUUCAUUCCGGUGACCGAGGCCUGGUGUUUGAGACCAACUUUGCCGACCACCAUGAUCAGCAGACUCACCAAGAACAUGCCGUAUCCGAAACCGGCUAAAGAGAAGCCCGCGGCAAGCAAGGCGAUCUGCCAGUAGUUACGGUCUUCUGGUAAAAAUGCCGGCUUGGCAGUCAGACAGACACCGAGCGACAGGAGCGAGCCCGAAAACACAGCCAGGAACCCCAGGAUCGAGGUGCGGACAGAUUUGGCAACAACAUAGUCAUCCUUUGCAUUGGCGUCGUGUUUCAGCAACCAGCCAGAAUACAGCGAGCCAAACGAGACGAAAAACACGCCGAACCCGUUAAACAGCCCCAACUGCAGGGAGUCGAGACCGUGGACGGUCUGCAGAUAGAUAGGCAGGAUAAAGUUGAUUCCGUACAGCGUCAUGGUUCCAAACAUCGCCGUGAGCGCUCCUAAGCGCAGGAUUCCCUGGAAAGCGAAGGGAGGGAUGAUAUGUUCUGUAGCAAGUCUCGAUUCCACCAGAUAGAAUAGCACGCCGGAAACAACGGCGCCGGCCACAUACGUGAGUCCUUCCGCGCGACUGGUCGACGAGAACAGGAGAAGCACGCUCGCAAUGAGCAACGCCAGGGUCAGCGAGCCGGCAAGGUCGAUUUUGGCGAAGUUUUCCUUGGUAAAGCGUUUCUGCAUGCGUUCCUCAGCGUCUUCCAUGUAUUCGUGCACAUUGGUGGAGACCAGGUACGCAGCAAGAGCCACAAAUGGCACCUGACAGCCGAACAUCCAUCUCCAGCCGUUUCUUGGGUCUACGCCCAAACAUACACCGCCAAUUAUAGGGCCAAUGAAUUGUCCUAGGCCGUACACGAGAUUUGCAUAUCCCUGGUACAUGCCGCGCAUUCUGAGUGGAACGACGUCGGUGACAACAAUGGAGCUCAAAGCGGAUAUGCCACCGCCGCCAAUUCCUGCCAACGCCCGCGCAGCAGCAAAUUGGGUCACCGACCGCGAGCAGGCGCACAGCAGACAGCCUAAUCCAAACCAGAACUGAGCAAACAAAAGACUUGUUUUACGGCCAAACACCUCGCUGAUUUUGCCCAUCAGCGGCUGGAAAAUCGCAUUCGUCAGCAGGUAACUUGUGCCGAUCCAGGCGAGUCUAUUGGAGUCGUGAAGCAGUGAGGCUAUGGUGUUGGCCGUGGUCGACACGAUGGUGGAGUCGGCUGCCGAAAGAAAUGAGCCGGUCCAUAGAGACACAAUGAUGAGCGGCAGGUUCCGCGGAAGCGGCGUGUGUGCCGCUGUCGGUUGCGGGAGUAGCGGCGACUGCUCUGUUGGCUUUUGGGGAAGAGGCAUUAGGAAAAAAAUGAUUCGCG